UGUUUACAGUAGUCAGAUUGUUAGCUAAAUGAGAUGCUAACAAGAGAGAGCUAUGCUAAUGUACCCGGCUAAACAAUGCAACAUUAUCUGAAUGCAAAGUCAAUCCAGUUUAUUUGUUUUUUAUUGAAGACUUAACUGUAAUGAACUUUAGGGACAAACAGAAAUCUGAGCUGAGAAGUUGAACUAGCUGUUUACGCUGAGGUGCUAAUGACCUCCAACAUGGCCGCCAGAGGGUGCGUUACUGUGAUGAACUUUGCUCUCGGCUUCAAGCCUCCGGCAGCAGGCAGUUCGGGUCCCGGUUCUGGCAGUGGAGCCACCAUGGAGAACCUGGAGAAGCAGCUGAUCUGCCCGGUCUGCCUGGAGAUGUUCUCCAAACCUGUGGUCAUCCUGCCCUGCCAGCACAACCUGUGCCGCAAGUGUGCCAACGACAUCUUCCAGUCAGCUAACCCUCUCUGGCAGUCCCGCAGCACCUCCAGCAUGGCCUCCAGCGGCGGUCGCUUCCGCUGUCCGUCGUGCCGCCAUGAGGUGGUGUUGGACCGCCACGGAGUCUACGGCCUGCAGAGGAACCUGCUGGUGGAGAACAUCAUCGACAUCUACAGACAGCAGGAGUCCUCAAGGCUUGUAAAUGUGAAGCCGGAGCAGCAGCAGCAGCAGCAGCUGCUGUGUGAUGAACAUGAAGAAGAGAAGAUCAAUAUCUACUGUCUGUCCUGCCAGACGCCGACCUGCUCCAUGUGCAAAGUGUUCGGACAACACAAAGACUGUGAUGUGGCUCCGCUCAGCAGCGUCUACAUGAGACAGAAGACAGAACUGAGCGACGGCAUCGCGAUCUUGGUCGCCAGUAACGACGGAAUCCAGGUAGUCAUCUCUCAGAUGGAAGAAAUCAGCCGCACUAUAGAGGACAACGGUCACCGACAGACAGAGCAGCUGGUCAACCACUUUGACGGUCUUGUGUCCAUUUUGGAGGAGCGGAAACAGGAGCUGGUGGGGCUGAUAACCAAAGAACAAGACGACAAACUCAGACUGGUUCGAUCCCUCAUCCGUCAGCACAGCGAUCACCUGGAGGCCGCCGUCACGCUUGUCGAGUUGGCCAUUCAGUCCAUGGAGGAGCCGCACAUGCCGCUGUUCAUACAGAGCGCCACAGAUAUACUGGAAAAAAUGGCAGCAACAGCCGGGGCGUCUAGCAUGGAGCGUCCAGAGCUCGGUUAUGAGAAUAUGAGCCACUUCGUCGUCGAUACCGACGACCUCGCCGACAUGCUGAGAAACAUCGAGUUCUGCCCCGGUUUGGGGAAUGACAGAGAAGAUCCUGAAGAAGGAGGAGAAGAGUCAGAACUUGACUUCUGCUCCAGAUAUUAAAACCAAAACAGAGGUCCCUGCAGUCCUGAUGAAACGUACAACACAGAGACGGAAGUAGAGGUUUACCAUAAUCCUCCAGAAGAAAGAAGAAAAACCCCUAAAAUGAUAAAAAUCAUACGUUUAUAUACAUUAUCUAUCUGUGUUUUGUCCCUCAGCAGCCCAGAUGCAGGAAGACUGACAUGCACAGAUUUUCGCCUCCUACAUUUGUUGCUUUUUGUCUUGUAAAAUAAAAGCCUGUGUAUUGUGUGUAAAUAUAUCUACCCAUAUAUAGCUCACAGGAAAUUUUCAUAAUGGAUUGAGCACUGUAUUCUGCGUUGUGGGAGGAAAAGUAAAAAGAUUUUUGUUCAUGUGUGUCUUUUUACAUCAGGAUUUAAAGCCCUUAUAUAGCUUUCUGCUACAAUACUUUCUACAGCCUUCCGUAAAGAGAAUUAUAAGACUGAGAAAAUGCAGAAACUGUUAAGAUUAUGUGUAUUAUGUACAUUAAAAAAAGAAUAGGAUUAAAGAAUAAAACAGAAGUGGUUUGUUUUAGAGUGGACACAUUUUAAAAUUCUUAUUUAACAAGAAAAGUUAGCAACUGAAAACUGGAGACAGCGACGCAUGGAGCAAACUGUAUGUUGUAACGUUGUGGUUCAUU